ACAAGUCUCUGCAACUGUACACAAUAUUAACCUCCAUUGCUUGGAUAGAAUCGACUUUGGCUUUUAUUUAAUGCAUAAUUUUAUUUUUCAUUUUCUUCUAAAUUAUUAAAGGGACGGUUUGACUUUGCUUGUUUCUGGAUAGCUCCAAUUUCAUCUUCUAAUCCAACAUUAAUAAGCAGACAGAAAUUAUCUUAGUUUAGAUAUUCAGAUUUUUAUCAUCUUUUUAUAUCAUUUUUCUUGAUUCUCAGAUUGUACUUCGCUCAAGGAAUACAUGGGGGAUUUCAAUGAAGUAGAAUCAGAUAAAGAUAAACGCAGUCGUAAAAGAGUGAGGGGCUGUCAUGAGCAGGUGGCAGACUUGAUACGUAUGAUAUUGGAUGGGGAUGACAGAUAUCGCUCCGCUAGGAAAUGGGAAGAAAAGCAAGCGAGAGUAGUGGAAGCGAUGAAUCGGCUUCGCGAGCCACAACUCUUACUGCAAUGGUUGAGAAAAUUGCAGCCCAGGAUUGUCGAAAAUGCCAGUUCCAGUCUUAGCGUCAACAAUGCAUUUCAAAGGCUGCAUUCAUUUUUUAACCAGCCAACAAAUCCAGUUCAGGACUUAGAUUUUCAAGCAUUGCAAAAGGAAAUGGAGGUGCAGGGAGAGGCUAUUGAGGACCAAACAGAGCAAUUAAUAUCAGAGGAUAAGGUUUUUAACAUGGUGGCAAAAGUUCUAUACAGAGUUUUGGCUUCUUAUUUAGCAAUGCUGCAGCUUACAAAUCGUGUUAGUAUUCAAGAUCUUGUGCAAAUGGAAGAUCAACCUUUCAUAUUCCACUUUCCUCUAACCCCUGACUGUAGCAGAUGUGCUAAGAUUCACAUCAAUCUACAGGGUUAUCAUGAGGUUCACCAGGAUCUUCAGUUACCGCCGUUAUUUGAAUUGGGAAACAAUGAUGCCAGAGAAAAUCAAGACAAUGAUGCCAGAGAAAAUCAAGACAAUAUGAAGCUGUCACAUGAGAACAUCUCUACUGUCCAAGGGCAUGCAGAUUUUCGGACCAUCCUUACAAGUUCUCUAGCUAAAGCUGACCAUAAAAUAGAAAGUAACCCAGAGAUGCUUGAGCUAGAAAAUAUCAUAAAUAUGGAGGUAAUGGUGGAAAACAUGAGGAAUAACUUGGCGAAGGCUCGUGAAAUGAAGAAAUUAGAAGAAGAGAUAAAGAAGAACAAAACUAAUAUUAGGAAAGGCGAACUGAAGGUGGAGAAGGGAGAAGCUGAUUUAAAAGAAAACAAACUGAAGGUGGAGCAGGGCGAAGCUGAGUUAAAAGAAAACCAACUGAAGCUGGAGAAGGACAAAGCUGAGUUAGAAGAAAACCUACUGAAGCUAAAAACGUUGCAGAAGAAACCACGGCUUGCCUAAUUUGCUUUUCUGAAAUACAUUCUCAAUGGUUUGUUGAGGAUGUUGAUGAACUGAAGAUACAAACAGUAUGUGUUUAUGUGAUGGUUCUGUGUUUGAAUCUUAAUGGUUUAUUGGGAUGUUUAUGAGCUGAAGAUACAGACAGUUUGUAUUUAUGUGCGAUGGUUUUGUGUUUGAA